UAUACUUAAAUAAAACGGUUCUAAGGAAUUACAAGUGAAUUGUUGUUUUUGAUAAAUUAGAACAUCCUUGAAAUUCUCAAAUAAAACCCUGGUUUUGACCGACUUAUAUAAACUACGUUUUUUUUUGAUACUUCAAUCCGUGUGUUCUACACAUGAAAACAUCUUCCCCGCCUUUUCACUUCCCCUGAAAUUCUUCCCCGCCUUUUCAUCAAGCCGUUCUCUUUAUCCUAAUCCGUGUUCAAUCGAGCAAUCCACCGUAAAAAUGUCUGACAAAAAGAAAAGGGGAGCUGCCAAAUGCAAGAAGAUGUUUCUUGAUCCAAAUAACCAAACAGUUCAAUUCAAUGAGGCGGGUUUAGCAAUUGGAGCAAAUGCAUCGAAGUUUAUCUCAUUCGCUUGUUUAGAGUUUAGGACAAGGAUUCCUUAUUAUAAACUAGUUAAAGACAUAGAUGAACAGAAGUAUUUUGAUGUAUGGGAGUACAUUAAGGAAACAUGGAAGAUACCUAACGAUAACGCAAAAGAGACAGUUAUUCAACAAGGAAAGGACUCAAUGAGAAACUUCCGAUGUACACUUACAAAUGGUUACGCUCGAAAAGAUAAAUCUCCUUUUGAAAUGUAUGCUUUUAUGGACAGAAGUCAUUGGGUUGAUUUUGUUUUAAAAGUAAAAUCCAAAGCUUUUAAGAAAACAAGUCAAAAAGCAAAGAGGAGUGUAGCAAAGAACACUGAUCGUCCCCAUGUAGGUCGAAUGGGAUUUGUUGGUUUACAGAAGUUUGAGGAAGAUAGAUGGAAUCAACUUUUAGAAAGCCACCUACACCUACAUAACUUGGAAGGUGAAGAUAUACAACGAUAUGCUAUUAGCAGAGCGUGCUACAAUUCUGUCACAAAGUUAUAUGAACUUCCAGCACACCUAUUUUCAAAUGGUGAAUUGACAGGAACACUUCACGACAUGUAUUAUAAAGAGAUAGAGAAGAAGAAAGAUGGUACACAUGAUAAACAUGGAAAUGAUGUAGUUACAAUUAACUUGCAUUCGAGAAAGAAAAAAAAGAAGUCUAAGGGGGCACAAAUAGUAAGAAAAGAGAUUGGCGCUAUACAAAAAGAUCAAGAUCGUGUUGCUGCAGCGGCUCAAGCGAGCUCGAUUAUUCGACUACCAAAAAUUAAGUCGAUAAGUACUUGUGAUCUUCUAUGGCCAUUCGAUGACUCCUUCCCGGAUAUGAUAUUAGGACAUGGACAGGUUUAUCCUACUUCUGUUAGGAUUUUAGAUAAAAGGCCGAUACAUGACGACUAUGUGCAAGUCCAUGUAGAUGAUGUAAACCAGGAAUAUAAAGGUUAUCCUGUCCCGCCACACACAAUGAUUGAAAAUGAAGUAAUUAAUAUGGGCAGUACACAUAGAAAAUUUAUUCAGUGGCCUAGAAAAGCAAUCAAGCUUCUAAAUACUAUUACUCCACGAAAAUCCAUUGCCCAACAUCAGCAACCGGCCCAACAAUCUGAGUAUUAUACGCCCGCACCGUAUGAUGAAGGACUAGUGACAUUUCAAGAAGAGCUAAACAUUGGCACGGGAUUUGUGGAUUUGUUGACUAACUCAAUUCUGAUACAACCAACUCAUACUGAGCAUGUCUCGGAUCCUAAAGCUUCUAAGUUUGUUUCUAAUCCUAAGGCUCGUGAGACUUUGCCUUGUUCUAAAUCUACAGAGCAUGUCUCUGAUCCUAAAGCUUCUAAGUCUGUUUCUGAUCCUAAGGCUCGUGAGACUUUGCCUUGUCCUAAAUCUACAGAUCAUGUCUCUGAUCCUAAAGCUUCCAAGGUUGUUCCUAAUUUAAAAGCUUCCAAGGCUGAGUCCGAUCCUAAAGCAACUGAUGAUGUUUCCGAUCCUAAGGUUGUGAGAAUAGCUGCAAUUUUGAAAAUGGCAGAGUCAAGGCCUAAAAAAAUAUAUGGUUUUGCGGAACAGUUGGCGACUUUAUCUACCAAAAAGAUCUCAGUAAAAGUCACUUCCCCCAGUGGGAUGUACAAGGAUGAUUUUACAGAGGAUGUUGAAAUAGAGGAGACGAUGACGUUAUGUGUCAAUGGUUUAUUGGAACUAAGUGUUUUGCAUUGGUAUUCCAUGUAUUUAUAUGCAUAUGGGGGAUUUAAAGGUCGUGAUAAAACUGCAUAUUUUAAUCCACGAAUGAUCCAUUUUGAUGUCUGCGAUAAGUAUGAAAACUUUGUCAUCGAUCAUAUUAAAGAUGUGAUGGAUCAUCAUAAAGAAAGGCACUAUUUUAUGGCACCGCAUCUAGCCUGGGGUCAUUGGUCGUUAAGUGUGAUUUUUCACAAUCCCAGCAAUCUCAAGUUCUACGGAUACAUUAUUGACUCCAAGAAAAAAGGAAAGAGUCCUGAGAGUUACAUCAUUACUAAAUUAUUUGAAAAGGCUACGGGAGAGAACAUUAUAUGGCAAAUGGUUAAUUGCCCUCAACAAAAGGGUGGCUGGGAAUGUGGAUAUUAUGUCAUGAAGGCCAUGUAUGAUAUUGUGAUUAGUUGCCAAGAAAAAAUUAUUCUCCAUAGCAAAGAGCCCCUCACUAAACAACAAAUUGACAAUUUUGUAGAAGAUACAUUGAAGAACUUUAUGAUAACUUUGGGAAGAGAAUGAGACAUGGAAAUGUUCCCGUAUCAGUGAUCACGUUUUUGUUUUUACAGGUAGGUUGCUAGGUUACCAGGUUGCCGGUUUUUAGAUGUGGAUCUUCUUCGACUAAGUUAGAGGUUGUUUACAAGCUCAAAUCCUACUGAAGUUUGAUGUUGCAGGAUUCAGGACAAAGCAGUUUAGUUUGGAUGAAUAUCAGUGAAUUAUGACUUGUGUUUUGUUGACAUUUAGUGAAUUAUGACUUGUGUUUUGUUGACAUUUAUAUUUGUAACUCAAAUAUUUCUAAUAAAAAAUUAUAUAUAUAUAUUAAAUUUAUUUUAACAUGCUUA